AAUACACAACGAGAUGGAAAUAAAUUUGGGUACUGCAAAUUAAGGUUCGCCCUGUACUACAUUUUUGAUUUUUACAACUUACAACUGACAACACUGUAAUGAAAAUGAGGUUAUGUUAAAAUUCCAAAAUGUUAUCAAAUAUUCUACCAAAGUUAAAAACUAGCAACUAUUUCAAGCCUUUCUGUACUGCAAUCACAAGUGAGGGCAACUCAAAAAUAGAGCCACGUGCAUUGCAAUUCCCUCCGAAAUACCAAAAGCCCCGGCAAGUGUGGUUGGAAAAUCUAGACACAAUAGAUGAAAGAAAGCUAAGUCUGCUAGACCUGCACCCCGAUAUAUUUGCCUCUAACCCUCGAAUUGAUAUAAUUUUCCAAAACGUUCGGUGGCAAAGUUUAUAUCGCUUCGUUAGCUUUGCUCAUACAAAGGUACGAUCGGAGGUAAGGGGUGGAGGACGAAAACCAUGGCCUCAGAAAGGCUUAGGUCGAGCUCGUCACGGUUCAAUUCGGAGUCCUUUAUUUAAAGGAGGGGGUGUGGCACAUGGACCAAGAUCGCCAACACCACACUUCUACAUGCUACCAUUCUAUACUAGAAUAUUAGGCUUAACGAGUAUGCUGUCUGUUAAAUUAGCUCAGGAUGAUUUACACGUCGUUGACAAUUUGGAGAUACCAACAGAUGAACCGGAAUUUAUACAGGAAUUGGUUAAAACGCGGAACUGGGGGCCAUCAGUGCUAUUCAUCAACGAAGUCGAUAUUAUGCCAAGGAAUAUCACUAUAGCCACUGACGAAAUUAAACACAUGAAUUUAAUGCCGGUUUACGGUCUAAAUGUUUACUCCAUGUUGAAACACGACACACUUGUACUUACUAAAACUGCCGUGGAUGUAAUUGAAUCGAAACUUCUAACACAUCUUCAUCGAAAUGUGUUUUAUAACAAAUUGGGCAAGUAUAAAGUUGAUCAAGUGUAGAAUCGCGUUAGUUCUAAAUAUAGGAAGGUUUAAUUAAAAUGCUUAUUUUAUUGUCCUAAUA